GAUUAAUUGGAAGUCGACUUACCUAUCCCUACUACAAAUAAGUAAUUUAUUUAUGCAAAUACAAAAUACACAAAAAUAUCGCUUGAUACAAUGGCAGAUUCAGCGGAUAAAAAAAGUUUGGCAAUAAUAAGGGAUCCUAAUACAGUAAAGAAUCGAAUAUUUAUUGGCAACUUGCCGGUAUGCACGCGCGAGGAAUUGGAGAGUAUAUGUUUGCCGUAUGCAAAGGUUUUGGCAUCAUUGGUCCAGAAAAAUUUUGGAUUUGUGCAAUUUGAAUCAGAGGAAAUAGCCAAUAAAGUUGCCAAAUCGCUGAAUAAGUCCACAUUCAAAGGCAAUACUAUAACUGUGCGUAAUGCCAAUCAAAAGAAACCAGGAACACAACAACAAGGAGGCAAUAAAACGAAUGCCAAUGCAGCCGGAACAAAUCUGGCACAGGGAAAUAAUGCGACUGGAGCGAAUUGGAAUCAAAAUCAGAAAAAUACAAGCAUAAAAGCAGUUGGGGACGACGAUAAUGGCUAUAAUGGUGGAUAUAAUGAUUGCGAGAUUAUAGUCGUGGAUCGAAAGAAUACCAAAUAUGCAGAAAUGAUAGAGGAACGAUUGAAAAGACUGAACUUGCGAGUUGAUGUUUUAUUCCCCAACGAAGAUGUACCUUUGGGUAAAGUGCUUUCCAAUAUAGCAUCACGUGGAUGUUUAUAUGCCAUUUUAGUUACAAAUCAACACGAAGAACAUAACAGUAUAACUGUAAAUAUUUUAUAUGGCCAACCGGCAGAACACCGUAACAUGCCGGUGGAAGAUGCCAUUUCUUUAAUGGCAGACGACUUCAGAAGAAAAAUGAUGCGUGACAAAAAUUCGGCAGCUUUACAGUCAGUUCAAAACAAAGUUGGAAAUCUACCAAAUCCAGUACCGAUAAUACCUGCCGCAGCCAAUUACAUAGCCCCUCCCUUGAAAGAGAGACAUCCCGAUGCCAUACAAAGCCUUUUGAAUCUUUUGGCCAACAAUAUGCCCUUGACAGUGCUGCAAUAUGAUCGUAUAAUUAAAUAUUUGCAAGACAGGCGACUUUUACAGCUGAAAGUAGAAUUGGGCGACGCUGAAGAGGAGUCACUCGAUCAGGGUACACCAGACCCCGAAAUUGAGCUACAAAAGAAAAUAUUAAACAUUUUGAAUAAGCCAUCUGUUGCUGAAACACACUAUGAUCUAAUGUAUCCAACAUUAGAUGCAGUUAAAAGUGAUAUACGCCUUCUGGCACUGCUCAAAGAUAUUCGAGUGCAGAAAGCCAUAGAUUCUCUAAUGGAUAGUAGUCUAGUGCCAACAGUAGAGGGUCUAAUGAAGUUCUAGAUUUAUGUCAAUGAUUAAAUCUUAAGACAGAAUAGCAUUUACAUUAAUAUAACAAACAA